AUGUUCCACCGCACCUUUGCGGCGCUCUCCGAGCGGUCCGGCGUGCCGCCCGACUUUCUCAAGGUUACAGCAUGUCUUAUCUUUUCCUGUGUGUUGAGUCCCAUCCUUCCGCGCCUUUUGUCGGCGCGUAUGCGCCACAUCACGAAUAUUGGCGUCUCUCUCUUUUUCCUGUGCGGAAUUUUGGAGCUGUACAACGGGACGCUCCAGCUCGUCGCCUCGGCCCUAGUUGUGUACCUCAUUGUCAAGUACAAGAUCGGCGGAAAGCAUCGGUUUGCCUGGGUGGCCUUUGCAUUCGAGAUGGCGCACAUUCUAGCGACGCACGUUGCGCGACUGCACCUCCCACUGACCACGAUUGAAAUCUCCGCAAUGCACAUGGUCCUUUGCAUGAACAUAACUUCGUUUGCAUGGGAUUGCUACGAUGGCCAAGUACUAACAAAGGAGGAAUGCGAUGCAUCGCAGCGUGCGACGCGCGUCACAGAAAUGCCGCCGCUGCUCGACUACUUUGGCUACUGCUUCUACUUUCCAGGCGUACUCGUCGGCCCUUCGACCCGCUUCCGCGACUACAGUGCGUGGGCGGCAGGAACAAUGUAUCUUCCGAGCAAGGUGCCACCGCCCGGCCGCUUUGCGAGCGCCGCGCGCGGCAUUUUGUUUGGCUUCGUUGUGCUUGGACUCCAAGCGUUCCUGUAUGAAUCGUGCAGUUACGCGCGCCUGUCCGAUCUCUCCGAUCCCAUCCAACAUACGCCGUUGUGGUACAGACUCGCCUUUGUCCAGCUUGCAGGGCUCGUCGCGCGCUUCCGCUACUUUAGUGUGUGGAGUCUGUCGGACGCCGCGUGCGUCCUUUCGGGUCUUGGGUAUGCAGGUAUCGAUCCGAAGACCCACAAGGCCGUCUGGACACGCUGCAAAAACGUGUACAUCUUGCGCUUUGAAUUUGCAAACAACUGGAAAGAACUCAUGGACGCUUGGAAUACCAACACGAGCAUUUGGCUUCGCAACAAUGUGUACCGCCGCGUUGCUGGUAAAGGCAGGAGGCCCGGCACGCUGGGCACGCUGCUCACCUUUGGCGUCAGUGCCUUGUGGCAUGGGAUCGCCAUCGGGUACUAUUUCACGUUUCUUUCCGGCGGUCUCUACCUUCUCCUUGCGCGCAAACUCCGCCACGCGUUGCGCCCCAUAUUCUAUGCGAAUGUGCGCACGCCGGACCCAGAUUGCUACUCUUGGCGCGCAUAUACGUGGGCGCAGAUUCUGUACUCGGUCGUAUCGACCAUCUUGGUCCAAAUCACGAUUAAUUUUGUCGCCAUGUCGUUCCUUACGCUGGACUUGAAGCCGACAUUAAAUGCGUGGCGCGCAACGGCGUUCUAUGGCCAUAUCAUCCUUGCCGUGGGCCUCGUUGCGUUCCAGCUUGGCCUCGGCAAGGCGCUGCGCCCAUACCAUAUUGAGUCCAAGAAGCAGUAG